AUGCGCGCCACUACCAUUCUUACUACCCUCUUCGCCGUUGCCGCCAGCGCUGCCGCCCUGCCUGCUGAUGCCGAGACUGCCACCAUCCAAGUUGAUGUUGAUGCUCAUGCUAAAACUCUUGCUACCGCUCUUGAGAAGCGCGGCAACUGCGACCAUGGCUACUUCGACUGUGUCAACAGCCAGGCUACUCUUCUUACUAUUAGCGACCGUCAGGCGUUGAUUGCCAAGACAAGUCAACAGUACUUAACAAUUCUGUUCCCCCUUCCAGUUGCCAAGUUUUGCUUACACACCUUGAUCAAUGUUUCUCUCACGACAAGUAUGGGCCAAUACGGCUACUUGAUACCGGACCGGUACGUCCGGGAAGUCCCGAAUGAAGUCGACAUGAAUACGGCCAGCAUCUUUUGGGGCUUCUCUCUCUGCGCUGCAGUUUUUACAUUGGCAAAGGGUACACAGCAGAGUUGGCGUGCGUGGAAAAGACGACAUCGCGUCACGGCCUAUGUGGGAAUGAUAUGGGUGGUUUGGUUGAGCAGUAUGGUCCUUGGAUGUUUAGCUUGGGGAUUCCAGCGACAGUACAUCGCACCUAGCUUUGGCUUUUAUUUCUCGGUUGCAUUCUUCUGGGCAUUGCAAGUCCAAUUUCUUCUUCAAAUCAUCAUCAACCGAAUUGGUCUUUUAAUGGUGUCCAAAGCUCGCGCCACACGCCUUAAAUGGAUCGUUUUUGCGAUAAUACUGCUGGUGAAUAUUAGCGUAUUUGUUAUUUGGAUGCCAGCCCGUCUUCAGAUUAACGACCGAUGGAUCCGACUAAAUGCGAUAUGGGACCGUUGCGAAAAGGUUAUCUUUGCUGUCGUUGAUGGUGUUUUGAACGGCUACUUUGUUUACUUGGUUCGAUCGCGACUUAUUGAGAAUGGAUUAACCAAGUACAUCCCACUUUAUCGAAUGAAUAUCGGACUUAUCGGUUUAUCUCUCUCGUUAGACAUCGUUUUGGUGGGACUUAUGUCGUUGCCAAGCAGCCUGGUCUACCUCUCAUUCCAUCCAGUGGCGUACCUGUUGAAACUCCAAAUCGAGAUGAAAAUGGCCGAGCUCAUCACCAAGAUUGUCCGCUCUUCAGGUACCCGGGGCUCGGAUGAGAUGUACUACCACAGUUCCAACAUAGCAAACGCACACCAGAGACAGAUGGCGUCUACUGCUAAAGCCAAGACCGACGGGCCAUUGACAGGAACUCAAGGGGCGAUGCGAGGCAGAAACACGACACUGAUAGAAGGUGGUGAUCUUGGUGAACUUGAAAGCUCGCUAGAGACAGCGCGGAGUGGAAGGGAUAAUCUGAGUGGAAUUGUGAGGACUAUUGAGACGACGGUGGACAGCUCGCCCGCUCACGUCGAACCCAGUUCUCCUACCGAAGCUAAGCAUAGUGAAUACGCACAAAGCACAGCAAGUUCGACAUUUGUACUAGCUGGCAGAUGA